AUGAAUUCUGGUGCAUUGCUGAAACCUCAGAUGCAUGGUCUUCUGGCCAAGCGCCUGUGGGUUCACAUCAUUGGCGCUUUCAUCGUGGCCCUGGAAGUGGCUGCUGCCUAUAAGUUUGACGUGGCUGAACCCAGAAAGAAGGUGCAUGCAGAUUUCUACAGGAAGUAUGACUCCAUGAAGGACUUCAAAGAGAUGAGGAAGGCUGGUAUCUUCCAGAGUGCGAAGUGA